ACCCUGUUUUUCUACAACCUUAAUAACUCUUAGAUUAGAUGCUUCCAAUGCAGAUUUUAAAUCAGUCAAUGUUGUUUUUUUUAACACAUACUCUAUAUAAAAAAGUAUUUGGCUAUGUGCAUUACAUUUAUUUCGGAUUUAAAAAAUGAAUUAUACACAUAUGUUAAUUUGGCACCAUUUAAGAUAAGUAAAUAUUUAUCCGUUGGCGACGCCAUUUUGUGCACUCAAAAAUUAAAUAACUUUUAGAUGGAACUUGGUAAAAAAAGGUAUAAGGGUGGACGGACACCUAUUAGGUCCAGUGAAAGGCGACGUCCUCAAAGUGUUUCAUCUUUAUCUGCAUUUUCGCCGAGAGUUGUUUUAUCCAGAUUGGAACCCAGGGAUUUUGAACGUCUUCGAUUAUCUUACAAAGUUCAAAUCGACCAAAGAAGAUCUAGAAGCUGCCGUGGCAUGAACAUGGGUCAAAAAAUUAGUGGUGGAGUCAAAACAGUUAGUCGUAAUGAUUCACAGUCUACCUUCAAACCAAUAAUACCAAGAGAGCUUCAAGCUGAUUUUGUUAAACCAGCACGCAUUGAUAUUUUGCUUGAUAUGCCGCCUGUUUCUAGAGAAUUACAACUAAAACAUUCAUGGAAUUCAGAGGAUAGGUCUUUAAACAUUUUUGUUAAAGACGACGACAAAUUAACGUUUCACAGACACCCAGUCGCGCAAAGCACAGAUUGUAUCCGUGGCAAAGUCGGUCUAACGAAGGGAUUGCAUAUUUGGGAAAUUUAUUGGCCAACAAGACAGAGGGGAACACAUGCUGUUGUUGGUGUAUCUACAGCUGACGCGCCCUUACAUUCAGUUGGAUAUCAAAGUUUGGUGGGGUCGACUGAACAAAGUUGGGGAUGGGACCUAGGCAGAAAUAAAUUGUACCAUGACUCUAAAAGCUGUGCAGGCGUCACAUAUCCAGCUAUUUUAAAAAACGAUGAAGCUUUUUUAGUUCCAGAUAAGUUCUUAGUAGCCUUAGAUAUGGACGAAGGAACACUAAGCUUCAUCGUUGACCAGCAAUAUCUAGGAGUUGCAUUUAGAGGGCUCAGAGGUAAAAAACUUUAUCCAGUCGUGUCAGCUGUCUGGGGUCACUGUGAAAUAACUAUGCGCUACGUUGGUGGAUUAGAUCCCGAACCUUUGCCGCUAAUGGAUCUGUGCCGAAGAACAAUUCGACAAAAAAUUGGUCGUGCGCACUUGGAGGAACGUAUACAACAGCUUCAGCUUCCACAAUCGAUGAAAACUUAUUUGUUGUAUAAAAAUCGGAGAUAAUACUUUGAUUUGGAUGAAUACACCUAUUUUUAUGUUUGCUGUAUGUGAUGAAAGCAGUAAAAACUAAAUGUGUUAGCUUAUAAUAGUCUUAGAUCAAUGUUAGUUUGUCAUCCCUCUCUAAUGGAAAAGAAAUAUUAGUUAUAAAGGAAUAUUGUGUAUUAAGAUGCAUGAAAAAAACAGUAUAUACAUAUAUAGUAUGACAUCUCAUUUUGCAUUAAAUUAGUUGGAGAAUUGUUUUAUCUCAAACAAUACGACACGAAAAACACUCACCUCGUGGUAUAUUCAAUAAAACCACAAUUGUAAAAAAUAAAUUGAGAACUAAUAGCUAAAACGAAAGUUCUUUUAGUAAUACACAAGUAUAUUUAGUAAUGAUAAGCUUUAUCAUUAAAAUGCUCGAAAGUGUGUGAUUGGAUAACAUUAGGUUCUUUUUGCCUAUUUUGAGAAAAUUAUAGUAGUUAAUGGCAAUACAAUGUAUCAAAUUGAUUCUUUUAUUUCUCAGAAUUGUGUAGAAAAAAAUGGUUAAUGAGAAACCUAGCUCGCUUGUACUAAAAAUAUUUUAAAAAUUUUUUCAAAUAACUCCUGUCGGUUUAAUGACGCUUCUAUUCGAUCGCAUGCCGAACUUUAAAACACUUUUAUAAAUAGGCGAGUUCACUUUUAACAUAUGUACUUAUAAAGCAUUUAAGAUUGUCUUCUAAGGUAAUUAUAAUACUUCACAUUUAAUAAAAAGACUUAAUGUAA